AUGUCCUCAACUAGAAGCGAAGUGAGAAUAAUAACCCUUGAAAAAGGAGCCCACCGUGAAGCCAUCAUCCAUCGGAUUCAGAAAGGUUGGAAAAUCCGUUUCGUGCGUGGCGCAUCUCUACUCGGCUGCUCUGACGUCAAGCUCAAGUGCGCGGUCAAUGGCUCCGAUUUUUUGAACUGGUCCGACGCAGAAGAUCCGCUAUCGGCAACCACAGAGGUGCUAUGCGAAAAAGCUGGCGCGUUCGAGUACAGCUUCACCAUUGAUGAGGAAGAAGCAUUGGCGGGCAGUGGUCAUCUGCUCGUUCUUCCCUCGUUGUCCGUCAACGGCCAGCCCCUUUCCCUUGAUGGUGUUUCCUGCAUCACACAUAUUGUGAAACUUUUGGGUCCACUUUCUGAAUGGGAGGGGAGAUUGAGAAUAGCGCACGAGAGCGGCUACAACAUGCUUCAUCUAACCCCAGUUCAUCGUCUUGGAAUCAGCCAGAGUGCUUAUUCAAUCAUGGAUCAUCAUGCACUAAAUGAUUCGCUACACCAGGCAAGUCAGCAAGCCACCUUCGAAGAAUUAGGCAAAUUCAUCAGCAAAAUCGAGCGUGAUUGGGGUAUUAUCACAGUGCAAGACGUUGUCUGGAACCACGCUGCGAAGAAUGCGCCUUGGUUGCAGGAACACCCGGAAUGCUCGUACAAUUGUAAAAAUAGCCCGCAUCUCCGCCCCGCGUAUGCCCUCGACCGGGCCCUACAUUAUUUUGGGAGAGAGGUUGGCGAAGGCAAAUGGGAAAACAGAGGUGUUCCGGCGGUCCUCGACAACGUUAAUCAUAUUCACAGCAUCGACUAUGUGCUUCGAAGCGAAGUUUUUCCGAAGCUCCGCUUUCACGAAUUCUUUCAAUGUGAUGUGGAAAAGACCUUGGAUAUCUUGCGGAUGAAAAUUAAUCAUGCCGAAAGUCAGAAAGAGUGUGUCGACCCGGUCAAAUUAUUGGUCGAUCCCGAAUGGCGACGAUUUGGCCGGACGGUUGAUGUUGAUGCUGUAGCUACGGAGCUGCGCGCCCGACACGGCGGCCGUCCUCCCAACGUCGAUGAGCUGGAUCAGUACCUCAACGAGUUGCGUGGACGACUUAACUCGAUGAAUGAUGAGGGCGCGAAAUAUUCCUGGGAAAUUCUGAUGAAUGCGCUGCAAGCCAUACUCGGGCACAUUUCCUAUGAACGCGUGGAAGGGCAUGGGCCAAGAAAAGGAUUGGUCAGAGAGGACGAGCCGUUGUUAUGCGAUUAUUUCUUGCACCUGGAACCAGUGAAUUCUUGGGAGGAAGACGAAAAGCUAGCCUAUAUUCCGGAAAAGGCCGAGAAGCUGAUGGCAUUUAAUGGCUGGGUGAUGGGCCUAGAUCCGAUGCAGAAUUUCGCGCUCUCGUCUUCGGAGGUCUAUAUUCGACGACAAUUGGUGUGCUGGGGCGAUUCUGUCAAGUUAAACUAUGGGAACAAGCCCGAGGAUACGCCAUACCUUUGGGAAUACAUGAAAACUUACACGGAACAAGUGGCCGACAUUUUCCAUGGCGUCCGCAUCGACAAUGCACACAGUACCCCAAUUCACGUCGCUGAGUACCUCCUCAAAUCCGCCCGCGCCAGACGUCCUGACCUCUACGUCUUCGCCGAGCUCUUCACCGGCAGUGAAUUCGCGGAUCACAUGUUUGUGAACCGGCUCGGGAUCACGUCACUGAUCCGAGAGGCGAUGUCGGCACCCGAUUCGCACGAGCAGGGCAGGCUGAUCUACCGCUUCGGAGGCGAUUGUGUGGGAGCGAUGCGCCAGCAGACGAUCCGCGCGGCUGAACAAUGCGUGGCUCAUGCCAUGCUGCUCGAUCAAAGUCACGACAAUCCGACGCCGAUCAAGACACGUUCGCCUUGGGAUCUCCUCCCGACUGCCGCAAUGGUUUCGAUGGGCUCGUGCGCCAUCGGCUCCACGCGUGGUUUUGACGAGAUGGUCAGACAUGCUAUUCAUGUCGUGUCCGAGAAGCGACUUUACUCAACCUGGGAAAAAGAAGUGACGCUCGAUGAUGGCCUCAUCAAAGCCAGGAAAAUCCUGAACAACCUGCACCAACGCCUGGCGGCCGAGGGCUAUACACAAGUAUUUGUUGAUCAAAUGAAUACGGAUAUUGUGGGCAUCACAAGGCACAAUCCAGCGAGCCACAAAACCGUCGUUCUCGUCGCGCACACGGCUUUCACUGGUCACAAGGACGGCAAUGUCGACGUAAAAUGGAUACCGCUAGGAGGACAGCUAGACGAGAUCCUCUUUGAAAUGAAGUUGGUGCAGACGCAGGAUGAAUCGCGUCCUGAGGGCGAUAAUUCUUUGAUCGGCCUCUCCAAUUAUCGAACGGACGUCCGCGAACACGUGCCGCUGGAAGAGACAAAAAGUUGUAAAGUUCACGGAGAACACCUACAGCUCACCGACUUCCCCGCUGGAGCUGUGGUUGCAUUCAGCAUUUCACUCAAGGAGGAUGCGCAAAAAGCACUGGCUUUUGCUAGAAACUUUGCCGAAGGGCUGUGCACAGAGAUUGAUGACGCGCUCCACUCAACAUUGGAAGCUCUACCCUUCUCGGCCUUCCAAUUCCUAUUGUUCUCCUCGGAUUCAGAGGAAAGGGCGGUGAUCGGAGACGGUGCCUUUUCAAUCCCGAAUUACGGGGCGCUGGUGUAUUGCGGGCUUCAAGGGCUCAUCCCACUGUUAAAUCGCAUUCGUGAGCACAACGACUUGGGGCAUCCGCUCUGCCAGAAUUUACGCGAUGGCUGCUGGCUGGCCGACUAUGCCGUCGGACGGCUAAGAAAAAGAGGCCAUGGACUUGAGAAGUUGGCCGAUAUCUAUGAAAAAGUGCUGUCUGUCCUGCCCGCGGUCCCCUACUACCUCCGCCCCAGCUAUUUCGAGUCCCUGAUCCAACGCCUCUACAUGACCAUCAUUCAAGUGCUCAACCGCAAAUUUUUCAAGGCAAACCCAAGCUUACCCACUUCCUUCCUGGCCAAGGCGCUCUUGCUCUCUACGACGUCAUUUACAGCCGAAAUUCCUGGCGCUGGGUUGUCGCUGUUGCCGGAUGAGGAAGAGAAAGUCGCCUCCCUUGCAGCCGGGCUGCCACACUUUGCCACGGGCAUUUGGCGCAACUGGGGCCGCGACACGUUCAUCGCUUUGCCGGGUUGUCUUCUCGCCGCCGGGCGUUUUGAAGAAGCCAAAAAAACCAUCGUCUCAUAUGCCGGUUCGCUGCGCCAUGGCUUGAUCCCGAAUUUGCUAGCCGAGGGAAAAGGCGCUCGCUACAAUUGCCGCGAUGCGACGUGGUUCUGGCUUUACGCCAUUGUUCGCUACGUCAAUGAAGCUCCUGAUGGAAUGGCACUAAUCGAAGAACCGGUGCGACGUGUCUACGCCACCGAUGAUGCCGAAUUCAACGUGGAUCCGCGGAUCGAACCACUGAAAAGCACUAUCGUCGAGGCGCUGCAGCGCCACUUUGCUGGCAUUUCAUUCCGCGAGCGAAACGCGGGCCAUGGCAUUGAUGAGCAUAUGCGGGACGAGGGCUUCAACGUGGAAGCGCGUGUGGACAAGGAAACGGGUCUUAUCCACGGUGGCAACCAAUUCAACUGUGGCACCUGGAUGGACAAGAUGGGAAGCUCAGAAAAGGCAGGUAAUAAAGGGCUGCCCGCAACGCCUCGUGAUGGAGCCGCAGUCGAAAUCCAGGGAUUAGCCCUGGCGGUACUGAAGGAAAUGGCUCGUUGGGCUGAAGCAGGGAAGCUCGAUACGCCAUCUGUCUCGCACGACAACCUUGUUUGGUCGUGGUCGGAAUGGGCCGAGAAAAUCCGGAGCAACUUUGAGUCCGCAUUUUUCGUCGACGACGGCUGCACACACGAGUACGUCAAUCGGAAAGGGAUCAUCAAAGAUACGGUCGGAUCCACGCAUGGCUACACGGAUUUCCAACUGCGUCCAAACGCAUGCAUUGCAGUAGCCGUCACCCCUGAACUCUUGCCACCAGCCAAGGCCUUGCGUGCUCUCGACGUAGUGCGUGAUGCCCUGAUGGGGCCAUUGGGAAUCAAAACGCUCGACCCAACCGAUUGGGCAUACAAUGGCUUCUAUAAUAACGAUGACGACGGUGACGAUAAGAAGACAGCCAAGGGAUGGAAUUAUCAUCAAGGCCCGGAAUGGUUGUGGGUGGCUGGCUAUUAUUUGAAGGCGCGCCUGGCCGUCACAAGGAAGAUUGAUGAUGAGGAAUGGGUAAAGGCGAAAAAGGAGGUCGAGACCCAUCUCGGACGCUGCCAAGAACACAUCACUGCCUCCGCCUGGAGCUCUUUGCCCGAAUUGACACAGGAGCGCGGUGCGGAAUGUGGAAACAGUUGCCCAGCGCAAGCCUGGAGUGUGGGCACGAUGCUUGAAGCCUACUCGGAUCUCGUCAAUUUUCAGAAGCACCGA